CGCCGCUCGGCUCCGCCUCCACGCCGCCGGCGAGCAUGGACCUGAGCGGAUGGCGCAUUGCAGGCAUACAGCACAUCCGGCCCUUCUGCGGUGAGGAUGAAGGUACGAACACGGCGCUCGAGUUCGCGUACGGGUCCCUCUCCCUCCCGCAACCGCCCGCCACCCCCGACGCGCCCCUCGCCGCCGCUUGCGCCGCGUGGUCCGGGGCCCCAGACGACGGCGUCGACCGCAUCAGCAGCCUCCCCGAUGAGAUCCUCCGGAACGUCGUCUCCCGCCUCCCCGUCAAGGACGCCGCGCGCACCGGCGCGCUCGCCUCGCGCUGGCGCGGCCUCUGGCGCUCGGUGCCGCUCGUCUUCGCCGACUCCAACCUCCUCCAGGGGUGCAGAGAGAACCCGCUCUGGCGCCCGGGGCUCGUGGACACGCUCGGCCUCACCAACGACGUGUCCGACAUCCUCGCCGCGCACCCGGGCCCCUUCCGCUGCGUCCAGAUUACGUGCUGCUACUUGGACAUGAACAGGGAAAAGAUCAAGGGCUGGCCGAAGCUGGUCGCCGACAAGGGCGUCCAAGAACUCGCCUUUAUCAACCGCCCGUGGCCGCUCGACCUCCCUCUCCCCACCACGCUCUUCAGCUGCACCUCGCUCACCCGCCUGCACAUCGGCGCCUGGAAGCUCCCGAACACUGCCACUCUUCCGGACGCCGUCGCCUUUCCCCACCUCCAGGAGCUCUUCCUCACCUUGAUCACCAUGAAGGAUAAAGACCUCGCCUUCCUGCUCGAGAGGAGCCCCGUCCUGGAGGUCCUCACCAUCAUCGCAAGCCAGAGGGACGUGCGCCUCUGCUUGGCCAGCCGCAGCCUGCGGUGCCUGCAGCUGGGCAUGUCUUCCUUGGGGGACAUCACCGUGGCCGACGCUCCUCGCCUGGAGAGGUUCUUUCUGCUAAUGACACGUCGCAUUGGGGGCAACAAGUUCUCGACGAUCAAGAUUGGCAACGCACCCAACCUGCGGAUGCUGGGAUACUGGCCCCCGGGACAGCACGAACUACAGAUUGGCAACACCAUCAUGGAGGCGGGCACUAAUAGGUGAGCCCAUGCACCAUCAUCCCAAGCGUCAAGAUCUUGGCUUUGCAGGUGCAGUUUGAGGUGCGCAAUGAAGUCAAGACAGUGCCUGCCUUCCUCAAGUGCUUUCCCAAUGUUGAGACUCUCCAUAUUCAAUCAGUGAAAGUCAAUAGGCCUACUGGGAAGGUCAGUCUCAAUUUCUGGCAGGAGGCUUGCCCUGUUGAAUGUCUCCAGCAUGUGAAGAAGUUGGUUAUGCAUGGGUUCCGAGGGAAUAAAAGUGAGCAUGCGUUCAUCAAGUUCAUUGCAGAGAGAGCACAGGCGCUGAAGAAGAUGGUGAUUAUGAUAUGCUUUGAUACGGCAAAUGGUUUUGAUGCCAAGAUGAAGCCUUUUACUACUAUUAAAUGGGCAAGUGAAGACAUCAAAGCAAUCCACUUCAAAUUACCACCUCUAUAAUUUUCUAAUCCUUGGUGUUUCCGCAAGGCAGCUGAUCUUUCGUGUACGGACCCUUUUGAUCUUGCAAGUGCUGUCUGAGGUAGUGCCUGUCUACGUGCACCAAAGCAACUAGUUAUGAA